GAGAGAGAGUUGGGUUGUGAAUGGAGGAUUAAGGGAACUUUGGGAAGGCAAAAGACUUUGUGGGUCCUUAUAUGCUCUUUUUAAUUGGUAAAGAAAAUUUAAAGCAUAUGUGAUCAGUUAAUUCAAUUACAUAUUUGAGAGAGAGAGAGAGAGAGAGAGAGAGAUUGAGAUUUGCUUUUAUAUAAAGGGUAGUAUAGGGUGCUGGGGUUUUGGUUGUUUUAGUUAGAGAGAGGAGAAGAAAUUGAGAGAGAGAGAGAGAGAGAGAGAGAUGGAAGAACAUCUAAGCCCACUAGCAGUGACUCAUCUCCUUCAACAUACACUGAGAAGUUUGUGCAUUCAUGACAACUCCCAGUGGGUUUAUGCUGUCUUUUGGAGAAUCUUGCCUAGAAACUACCCUCCUCCCAAAUGGGAUGGUCAAGGAGCUUAUGACAGGUCUAGAGGAAACAGAAGAAACUGGAUACUUGUUUGGGAAGAUGGGUUUUGCAACUUUGCAGCCUCAUCAACAGCUGAGAUGAACUCACCAUCAGCUGACUGUCCGGCGGGAUCGUCCAUGUAUGGCGGCGGUACUGAUCAAUUCCAACACUUUCAGGGACUGCAACCUGAGCUCUUCUUCAAGAUGUCCCAUGAAAUCUCCAACUAUGGAGAAGGUUUGAUUGGGAAAGUAGCUGCAGACCAUAGUCACAAAUGGAUUCACAAGGAACCAAAUGAACAGGAAAUCAACUUCUUGUCAGCUUGGCAUAACUCAGCAGACUCACACCCAAGGACAUGGGAAGCCCAGUUCCAGUCUGGUAUAAAGACCAUAGCCUUGGUUGCAGUUAGAGAAGGUGUUGUCCAAUUAGGUGCUGUUCACAAGGUAAUUGAGGACCUGAGCUAUGUAGUAAUGCUGAGGAAGAAGUUCAGUUACAUAGUGAGCAUUCCAGGUGUCCUACUUCCACAUCCAUCAUCUGCUGCAUAUGGAGCAGCAGCAGCAGCACCAGAGACAUGGCACUUUCAAGGCACAACAAGUAUUAAUGCACCCCAUCAGCACCCUGCAGAAGCACUCUAUGACCAUCACCAUUUCAUGAACAAUAAUAAUCCCCAAUUACCAUUCAAGAUAGCACCUUCAAUGAGCAGCCUUGAAGCACUCCUCUCUAAGCUCCCAUCUGUGGUUCCACCACCACAGCAACCUGGCAACUACUGUGAACCAUCACACCAACCCCAACAACAACAAUCAAUGCAGUUCUUAGCAUCAGUGGAAAGGGAGGAGAAUGUUGAUGAUCAGGAGUUCCAUAGAACAGAAGAAGGUGAGACUAGCAGUUCAAUUUCAGCUUAUCAUCGCCGGUAUCGUCAACAACAACAUUAUCUCCAGCACGAUCAAGAUCAGAACCUGCAGCAAACAAUGGGUUUUGAUCAGUAAUCAUGACUAGAGAGUUUAUUGAUUACAUGAUGUAGGGAUUGAUUUUCUAACUAUGUUAGUCUGCCCUUUAGUUUCAUUUGGUAUUUCUACUAGCUAGAAGAUUUUUGAAUAUUAUGUGGCAGCUCUUCUAGUUCUAGAUAUCUAUAUAUUCCUAGUAAAUUAGGUAUACAUAUAUACAA